AUGGGUGGUGGAGGAAAUAGAGAUCUCUCUGAUGAAGGAAGUGGCGGUGGCGGUGGGGAUGGAGACGAUGAAUGUGGCAGCGGAGGUGGCAAUGGAAGUGGUGAAGUGGGUAAAGGUGUGCAGGAGGAGAAUCAAAAGGCAAUGGUGGCGAACAAUCAGGUAGAGGCAACAAUUGAAAAUAAUUGUUUGGAGCUGACACCAGAAUCGUAUCUGCAUCUGGCUGAAUUUUUGCAGUCUCAAAAGCCCCAUUGUUGGACAGUGGUCUUUCGUCUUUUUGGUGUUCAGACACAUCUUCCAUUUCAAGCUCACCAUCCACGUCUUUUUGGGUUUUUAUUUUUAUUUUUUGGGUGUAGGUUUUGGUUUGAUUGUGGUGAUAGCAUUUUGGGGGUGUAG